GAAUCCGCAAGAUAUUGAAGCCCGCAUCCCAGCAGGCCAUUCUACGCGCAUACCCCUCGAAUCGAAGCAGCCUAUGCAGGACCAACACAACCGUGCCGUGGCGACGAUAUCGUCCACGAUAGCAGAUUUCUACCAACAGAAAACGCCCUUCAGAUUAUACCAUGGCUCAACAAAUACAACGCAGCAGCGCAAGGUCGAUCCGAAGAAAAUGGUCGACACUUCGAAAUUGAACCACGUUUUGGAGAUCGACACGGAGAAGAUGACUUGUCUCGUAGAGCCUAAUGUGGCGAUGGAUGAGCUCGUGGAAGCGACCCUGCCUCACGGUGUUGUGUGUCCUGUCAUCAUGGAGUUUCCGGGUAUCACUGUAGGGGGUGGCUUUUCUGGAACAGCUGGCGAGAGCAGUGGCUUCAAAUACGGAUUCUUCGAUUGUAUCGUAAACUGGAUCGAGAUCGUUCUUGCGUCGGGCGAGGUUGUCAGAGCAAGUCGGGACGAGCGAGCAGACUUGUUUCACGGCGCCGCCGGCGGAUUCGGCACUCUUGGUGUAACGACCCUGCUGGAGCUUCAAUUGAUCAAGGCAAGCCCGUACGUUGAAAUCACAUAUCACACGGUCAGCAGCAUCAACGAGGCUCUCACCGAAAUGGAUACUGUCACGAACGAUCCGUCGAGCGACUUCGUCGAUGGCAUCCAAUACAGCAAAGACAAAGUGGUCAUUGUCACAGGCAGACUCACCAACGAGGUCAGACCAAGCGUGCGACUUCAACGGUUCAGCAGGGCACAGGACCCGUGGUUUUACAUGCACGUCGAUCGUACGACUGGCCGAAGUUAUGGGACCAUCACAGAAGUCACGACUUUGCAAGACUAUCUCUUCCGAUACGACAGGGCUGCUUUCUGGACUGGCAAGUACGCUUUCCAAUACUUCGUUACUCCUCUCAACCGCAUCACUCGAUGGGCCUUGGACUACUUCAUGCACACACGAGUGAUGUACCAAGCACUGCACGCAUCUGGAUUCUCCUCCAAGUACAUCAUCCAGGAUCUGCUAUUACCCAGGAGUGGCGUGGAGAAUUUUGUCGAUUUUGUCGAUUCAAAAUUUGGAUUCUACCCACUAUGGCUAUGUCCGCUCAAACGCGGACAGGAGGUGUCCUUACGCCCGAAGCUAGGCGGCGACGUAUACGACGAUGACAAGAAGGUCAGUUUCGUGAAUGUGGGUGUCUGGGGACCUGGAUCGACCAACUACUCUCGCUUCAUCGAAGAGAACCGAGAGCUGGAGCAGAAGAUCACGCAGCUCGGAGGGAUCAAGUGGCUGUACGCUCAAGCUUUCUACACGGAGGACGAGUUCUGGUCGAUCUACGAUCGGAAGUGGUAUGAUGCACUGCGACAGAAGUACAACGCCACUUACUUGCCAAGCGUCUACGAAAAGGUCCGAGUGGACCUGAGCAAAGCGACUGCUCCUCCGGAAGGCUUAUCUGCUUGGCUGAGUGCUCAGUUUUGGAAUGUUUGGCCGAUGAGUGGGCUGUACGGUGUUGCUAAGACGCUGUUGCAGAAAGAGUACCUGCUCGCGAAAUGA